AUGGGGCCGAGGAGCUUCGCGGGGCUCUUGGUAGUCGUUAACAAGCGCGUGGCGUACAGCAUUGGCCUCUCGCACGCCUUCAUCUUUGCUUCCGGCGCGCUCCUCACGGCCGCCCUGCUGCACAUCAUCCCCGAAGCGAUGGAGGGUCUCGAUUCGUCUUACGACAACCUUCACGACCUCGGCCUGUACGCCAGCCUCACUGUCCUAAGCGGGCUGUUCGUCAGCAUCGUCAUUCACGGCCUCAUGGAGUCGGGCCACUCCCACUCCCCGAAUGAAGCCCACUCCCACGGAGGGGGCGAAGAAACGGUCAGACCAGGGGGCGGCAAUGGCCACCACGCCAGGGUCUCCGAUGAUGCCAGCACGAUGAUGCCACUGGGGCUAGCGGAAGGCGACAAGGUGUCGGCGUGGCCGGGGGGGAACUCACCGCAGGCGGUUCAGAUCCAGGCGGACGUUACCCAGCCCCCGUCCCCAGCAGAAAGCAGCACCGACAACCUCCGGGCGUUGAUCGCCGAGCGAGAGGGGAGGUCGCUGCUGGACGUCAAGGGCCUGCAGCCGGUGUGCUGGAACGUCGUCAUCGGCGACCUUGUGCACAACUUUGCGGACGGGGUGACGAUAGGGGCGGCAUUUCUCACUUGUAGCGCGACCAUUGGCUGGACAGUCACGGCGUCGGCGGUUCUGCAUGAGCUCCCCCACGAGAUUGCCGACUUCAUGGCGCUCCUCAACGGGGGCAUGAGCCUCAAGCAGGCAUUUGCGUACAACUUCCUGUCGGCGCUAUCCGCCGUGCUCGGCACGAUCAUCAUCCUUUCGCUGGGGGACACGCUAAGCGAUAAGGAUGUCUCGAUCGUGCUCCUGCUGGGGUCGGGGUCCUUCAUCUUCAUCGCCCUCUCCGAGCUGCUGCCGGAGGCCCUCGCCGUCACCCACGCUGUCAGCGAGAAGGGCGCGGUCGCCAUGAUGUGCUCGCAGCUGCUCAAGUUAGGGUCGUUCGUGCUGGGGGCGAUUCUCAUCGGCCUCCCUCUCUUGUUCGACCAGCACUGCGACGCCGCCCACGAAGGGCACGACCACUGAGUGCAGCACCCACCACACGCAGGCACAAUUCGUUUCGUCGUUUUCCAGACCCAGGCUGUUGGGAUGAAUGAAGUCCAGCGGGUGCAGCGCAAGGGUUUCACUACAAACUCCCGCCUUGCUUGAAUGGUGGUGUUGUCUUAUCCCACAAUGCUCUCGUCCGGCUUGUUGCUGGUCGGAGGAUCGUUUGGCGGUCAUGGGGACACGGAGCCGUUUAACACGCGUCUGGAAAUGCCGCGGUAGACAGUGAUUGAAUGAUGAAGCCAUAGUGCCUACCGUGGGUCUUCAUCAGAUUUGUGUACCCUGGGCCAAAGGGAGAGAUCAGGGAAAGAGAGUCAGGGAGAGCAGCUGCCUACACAAUCGUGGAUGGUGUAUUCCCGACGGAGUACCUGAGCAGCACCGGAAAAGGGCCCGUUGGUAAUCGGCAAUUACGGCGGUGUCUGGAAGUGUGCGACGGUUCCGAUGAUGUAUGGGUAAACCUCUCUUUGACUCUUGGAUCGCAAGCGAAAACGUCGACGGGCACUUCACGGCAGCCAAUGUGCCAUUUUUUGCUUUUCUCGAUGGGUCGUGUCGUUCGAUGCUGUUCUUCCGUUCUCGGACCCUUAGUCGCGUUUCCCGCUACUGCGUGCGACCAGGCAUGCUUUUUAUUUUCACUUGCGGGGUGUUCGUGGAACCAUCCGGUGGAUCAGGGGCGGAGAUAAUGCCGCUAGUACGGCACUUUCUUUUCCUGCGUGUCUUAACUUUUGGUGGCAAAGGGUUUCUGUCUAGGGCGAAAAACCGUGAGAGGUCUUUCAGCAUAUUUUGCUGUUUAUUGUUCCAUAGAGUGGUGAGGUUUGCUCAGGUAAUGAGUGUUGGCGCACAUGUCUGCCAAGCGAUUCGAUGUUGUUACACGUCGUCUGCCGUUGGUGCCUGGGUACGUUGUUUCGUUUUGUUGUCGACCGGAUCACACGCACACCUUUUCCCACCUGACUGGCCAGAAAAGUGGGCGCAGUGGGCGCAAUUUGCCGCCUUCCAGCCGAAGUGAUUCAGUUCACUCCCAUCCAAGGGGGGUCUGCGUGGUUAUGGCGUUUUGUAAUAUUUGUGAUUUAUUGUGACGGCAGAUCUACGGAGAUCGAGCAAAAGCCCUCUUGUGUUGGUGGACGGUGCGCCGUUGGUGUUUUCGGUAGUUUUUGGCAUUCUUUGCGUGCUUAAUAUUGAUAUUCUAGAGAUGAGUAGUCCAAUUCUUCCCCUCUUGGUCGCAAUGCUUCGAUUGGAUGCGUAACUAGCGCUAUCCUUGCUGUGGUGAGCCACGUACCCUCGGCAGUGUAUGCACAUGUACCGGAGACCAGGUCGGGUGGUUUUGAAGUGAGGCGUUCCAUCACGCGAAACAAACAACACGUGCGGGAAA